AUGAGCUCCGACCUUGCCCUUCACAAGGAGCUUCAUAGAAGGCUUGUAGAAUAUCGCAAUAAGCGUGGCUUCAACCCCGCCGCGUGGAUUCAGCGCAAGUGUGCUGUUCUGAACGCCUAUAUGGCCUCCAAUGGACUUAAGGUGUGUGUGACGAAUGUUUCUGGCGGAAUUGACUCCGCGGUGGUGGUGGCCCUGUGCUCAAGGGCGAUGCAAAUGCCUAACAGCCCCAUUGUGAAGAAUAUUGGUCUCUGUCAGCCAAUUUGCAGUAGUGCCUGGGCUCUUGAGAGAGGACAGGAGAACAUUCGCUCUUGCGGGGCGGUGGAGGUUGUUGUGGAUCAGACAGAAAUUUUCAAACAGCUGUCAACGACCAUUGAGACAGCUGUUGGGAUAGACGGUAAAGACUUUGCCAGAGGACAGCUACGAAGCUAUAUGCGCACCCCAGCAGCGUACUACGUGGCGCAGCUAUACAGCCAAGGCGGAACUCCGGCCAUUGUCAUGGGUACAGGGAAUAUGGAUGAGGACGGUUACUUGGGUUAUUUUUGCAAGGCAGGCGACGGUGUCGUUGAUGUGCAGGUUAUCUCCGACCUACACAAGAGUGAGGUGUUUCAGGUGGCACGGGAGCUUGACGUGCCAGUAAAAACGCUUCAGGCACCUCCUUCGGCAGAUCUUUGGGAUGGGCAGACGGACGAAGAGGAACUUGGGUUUCCGUACGAUUUUGUGGAGCUCUAUACAGGCUGGUGCAUGCGCCUGAGCGACGGCGAGCGAGAGUCAUUUCUGCAUUCCCUCUCUACAACGGCUCGCCAGCAAUACGAAAAAUAUAGGGAUGCAUGUGAUAAGGUUAAUCGUCGCAAUUUGCACAAAAUUUCGGGCAUCAUCAACUUGUAA